GAUCAUUCACCUGUUGUUGUCAGAUAGUUCGUGCGUCCACAAAUUUAUAUUUAUUGUAUAAAAUGUAUUGAAGAGAAAAUUUGCAUUCACAAUCAGAUCAAUUCUUCCGUAAAAGAAUCAACCAAUUCAACCAAAAGUAAAUUGAAAGCAAAUCAAGUUCAAAAAACCAUCAAAAUGAGCGACGAAUCCGGUGAUGUUGAAAGAAAAGUUGCAACUGAAAUUAAGAAUGUAAUUGAAGCCGAUGCACAAAAUCCAGUUGCUGUUGCUGUUGCUGAUGACGAAUCACCCAUGCUCAAGAUUUACAUUGACGGUUUUGAAGAAAUACUUGAAUAUCUCUCAACGACCGACAUCCUUUCUCUUCGUCAAACUUGCAAGUGUCUCCAGAAAGUGAUUGACAAUUACAUAAAGGGGAAGCUUCCAGCAAUCAAAGUCGGAUAUGGAAAGGAAAUUCUUCAUAAAGAUUGUAAGCUUCCCUCCAGUUGUGCCAAAUUGAUCAAGCAAAUCACUGUUUGCUCGAGUGCAGUGGACAUUGGAAGCAUUGGCAAAAUCGAAGACAUCCUGGGCAAUGUCGAAAAGUUGAUAGUUUCAGGUACUCUUGAACUUGAAUCCCGCAAAACGCUUCUCCAAUGUUGCACCAGUUUGAAGUACCUCAGCUGUCCAUACAUUCGUGGAAGAAUGGUCGGCAACGAAAACGAAUGGUUACUUCAAACGUAUCCAACCCUUGAACACCUUGAAAUGGUCGACAUGGAUCAUAGUGAUGAAAUGUCAAUGCCUGAAUUGAAAAUAUUCCUCGAACUUAAUCCGAAUGUUCGACGUUUUUCAACGUUUUCCACUCUGCCGCUUAAAUUGAUGUUGCAGUCUUUGUUGGGUUCAAAAGUCAAAUUGGAUCAAUUGGACAUUGCUGUGAAUUGUCUUUUGACGGAAAUGGUAGAUUGUCUCGAUUUGCUGAACCGUUUGUAUGAUGAAGGUGUAUACAAGCGUUUGCAUUUCUAUGCCAGAUUUAUAUACAAUACUGAUGAAAUAAAUCAAAUCGCCUCAGUUAGCGGUUUGGAAAAACUUUAUCUCGCCGUUGUAAUGACAAGUCCCAGUCUACCACAUUUGCCAGAACUCAAAGAAUUUUGCAUCAUGAUGGAUGAAGAUCCGGAUGAAGCAUUUAGUUUUGAAACGGUUGCCAAGGAUUUGGUAAACGUGGAACGUGUUUAUUUGCGUCUCGUCGAUUCAGACCAGCUCACCCAACUCAUUCGCCACGCACCAAAAGUCAAAGAAAUCAAAGUCGAGCAAUUAGUUGAAGGCACGUACUUUGAACGACUCGUCAUCGAUUUGCCAGCCUUGAACAAUGAACGGAAACAAUUGGCCGGCGCAUGCAAAAUUACUCUAUACGUUGAUGACUUUGUCUUCGUUACCACGAAAUAUGCACUCUUUCAAACUGAUUUCAGCAAGAUUGAAUUGAAACGAGCUGACGCCGUCGAAUGGGAACAUUCAAUUUUUUAUUGAAACUCAGUAAAUCUCAAACUGUCAUCGUAGACAUAUUUAGUUAUUAAGAAAAUGACGUUUUUUAAGAUAAAAUUAUGGCAUAGAAGUGUGUGAUCGUACAAUAAUCAAAAUAAUGUAAUUGAUUCGUAUGGCAAGCUACAUACAAAAGAUAUUUUAAACACACAUAUUCUUAAACAACAUUAACCGAUCAACGUAACUUUAGUUAAACUUGAGACAUAAAUAAACACAUAUUUUCAAUUAAAUAUUUCCAACAAGCUUUGGAUUAAAACUAACCACGUUUAGGGAUCAACAGAGAACAGUUUAAAAAACAGCUCUUGCAAAAUGCCGAGAAAUUUCUGUUGAAAUUAGAAAAUGAAAAUUAUGACAAGUAUCCUUUCAUUGUACCGAAUUGCGCGUGUGGGGAAAUGUUGCAAACGUCACAGCCAUUGGUAAUACCUUGGAACACAGAUUAAAUAACAUUAGAAAAGUCGGAAAUAAAUUUCAACUGAAAAAUAAUGCCGGUGAAAUGAUGCCACUAAUCUAACCACAAUUCUUUCAACUGAAAUAAACGUACUGAGAGAAGUGUUGUAAAAAGUAAAAUGAAUGUUGCUAUCAAUUUU